AAGGUCUCCAUUUGCGUUAGGAACGUUAUCUGUCAUCCUUAUCCAUACCGCUCGGAGACGCCAAGGAAAAGCCAUGGCUCGUGGGCAGCAGAAGAUCCAGUCACAGCAGAAAAAUGCCAAGAAGGCUGCAGAGAAGAAGAAACAACAGGGGGCUGAUCAGAAGACUGCAGCAAAGGCAGCGCUGGUCCACACAUGUCCUGUCUGCCGGACACAAAUGCCAGAUCCUAAAACUUUCAAGCAGCAUUUUGAGAGCAAACACCCCAAGUCCCCUUUGCCCCCUGAACUGGUGGAUGUGCAAGCUUAAAAGAACUUCAGCAACCACGGACGUGCGACCGGGACCCUUGAAAGAAAAAAACAAAAACAAAACAAAAAAACGGUUCAGAUUCAACUUGAUUAACCGAUUCAGCGUUCAUCAAGGGGGGGAAAAAAUGACUCUGGGAACUACAGACAAAGUAUGGACACUUGGCGAUAAUGACCUACAGAAGGACUGAAGCACACCAGCACCGCUUUGAUUUUAUAUUUUUAUAUGUGUGUUGCCUCCACCUUGACUUACCCUCAUUCCAUGUGUGCUGUGUGCCCCUGACAGCCUUAUCCCCGUGUCCAUGUUGUCUUAACUCCCCUUCCCAUUUUUUACUUCCCUCCCCCAAAACACAACCCCCUCACCCCUCACAGUCACUUUCUUUACUACAUUACUGUCUUCCCUGUGGUAUUUCAGUUGUUCCCCACACUCAUCCACCAACUGCUGUUUGCCAAUUGGUUUCAAUACAGCUGAUAUUCAUGAUUCUGUGACUUCUUUGUGUGAGCUGUAAUCUGAAGGUUUGAAUCACUGUGUGGUUGAACAGUAUUAAUGACCAUGACUAAAUGAGACUUAAUUUUCGGAUGCUCCAAAUUAUCGCCAAAGCAAUGAGGAAAAAUUCCGUGCUUAGUCCAUUUAAUGGAUUUAUUUUAAAAAUAAGUUAAAAUUCUAAGGUUCACUUCUUAUUUUUG